UUACAUGACAUUGCUCAUAAAAAAAAAUAAAAAUUCCAUAGUCUCAUCUAAAGAUAUUGUCAAUAAAAGCUCAUGAGUGAAGAAAAUAGUACAAACCAAUCCACAGGAUUCCAAGGAGGCCAAUUUCCCCUGUCUUAAAAUAAAAUGAGAUGAACACUAAGCUUGAUGAAAAACAUAUUCAUAUUUUUUAAGAUCAUAAUUUUGAGCUCUAUAUCAAAAUAUGGACUUAAAAAAAUUAUUUGUUAAUUAUUUUUUUUCUCUCUUUAACUGGCAGAAAUGGGCUUCCAGAGAAUUUCAAACUGCACCAGGUAGAAAGAAAAACACAAAUAUAUGUGUAGGCCUACCUUAUCUAUCUUUAUUAGACUGUAUUUCCCCAGUCACUUAUCUCUUACAAAACACUUUUAAGAGAGAUAGCUGCCGAGGUUCAGCAUACAGUAGGCCUAAUUGGAUCUAUAGCACUCUAGCACUUAUUCAUAAUACAGAUAAGUUGUAAAGAGCACAGUAAGUAGACUGUGAGUUUGUUUUAAGAAGAAUAUUAUGCCCUUAACAAUUUAUUAAAAACGUUGUUAAAUCCACUGCAAUAAAAGGAAGAAGAAAAGAAGAAGAAGAAGCCAGAAAUACAAACUCCACAAGUGAGUUACGUGUUGUUCCUCCAUCCCACCACUAGAUGUCCCCACCGCACCGACCGCGGCCUGUCACCCGCACCUGAGCGGAGCGCGCCCUGCCUCCUCCAGGUGGGAGCUGCAGGUCGACGCAACUUCUCUUCACUUCCCCUCCGUGAUACACCGGAGCGCCGAACACACGAGCGGCAGAGAGGGUGGAGAAGUGAGUUCAGCUGACAUCCAGCGAAAACGCAUCCGUCCCCGCGGUUACAAACAAAUCCAGACGGCAGUCUCUUCCUGAAGCGCUUUUCGCGGAAAUGGUUUACCUGAAGUUUCCCGUCGGACGCUGAAAGUUUGGAGUUUGGGAGAGGAAGGGCGCAGCUGGGAGGCGCUCCAAAUGGAGAGAGGCUGAAUCAACCCAUCCGGAUCAGAACACUUCAACAAGGGUGUAGCUCCAGUGUGAAGCGGCAUGUCUAACCGUGACUCGCUGGGGGUCGGAGACAUUCUCCCCCAGGAUGUGGUUGAUAUUUUUGCCCAGGAGAAGCAUAACAAAAGGGGCCGCAAGAAGCGCAGUCACUCCCUGGGCCGGGCGUUGGGCUGGCUGAAGGGCAAGAAGAGAAAGGAUCUGGACGCUAAGGGGCAGAGACUGGGUCUCGGCCCUGCACUCGACUUGGCUCUGGAUGGACACCCUGCAGGGCUUCAGAGUGGACACAAAGGAGGACAGAAGUCAGGAAGACAGGCUCAUCCACAAGGUAACGGUCAUGCUUCCCCAAGGCGAGACGACGAUGACAAGACCCCGGCACCCCCGUUGUUCCAGGAGAACGUGUUCAUUGAGGGCAGCAGGCCCAAGUACCUGGAGAACCUUCACACUGAGGCCCUGGAGGGGUUAAAAAUGAUGCAGCAGGAAGAAACCAAUAAUGGAGUGGAGUACCGGGAUAAUGAGAGUACAAUUUCAUCAAGGACGAUCCACACAGACGGGGAAGGUGGAGGGUUUAUGACUGACAGCACCAUUGCUGACUCAACUUCAGUCGUCUCUGUGCAAUCAUCCGUGUCCUCAAGAUCUUCCCGUUCUGGACUCACGAGGCAAGGAUCAACAUUCAGGCCCUUGAACUCUGGGAAAAAAUCCAAGACAAGGAGAAAACAGAGAAAAACUGUUGCAGGGAUCCCACAGCAUGUUCAGAGAGAACUGGGCCUGGACAGAGGGGGUUGGACAGUGGCUCAGAGAUUAGAUGAGGAGCAGCUUUAUAAUGGUGAAUCUGACGAAAGCCCAAUAACUGAUGGGCAGCAGCAUGCAGCAAAGUCACAGCAAGGAGCCAGUUCCAACCUUCAAGACAUGGAUGUCAUCCAUCCCCUCAACAAAGGGCAACUUGAGCAGCUCGGUGCCACCCAUGCUGGUCAUAGAGAUGACCUUGCCCUGCUGCACUGCUUGGGUCCUGACUUGUCGGGCGAGCGGAGGCCUCGGUCCCUGGCCGUUCCCUGGUUGACCACUGCCAACAGCCUCCAGCAGGAACCACCCAGCCCUGUCAUAACCAUGUCACCCCAGGCUGCAUACAUGUCCAAAAUCAUCCCCAAUGCUGUGUUGCCACCCUCCAUCGACGUGGUGGAGAUCAGCCGUGGACGGAGUCGCAACAGUGUCCGCACUGUCAGCAAGAGCAGCUUGUUGCUGUCCAGCCCAUCCUCCUCCCGUGCUUCUUCUCGAGCCUCUCAUACCAGAGAAAAUUCCUCCAGGGCCUCCUCCAGAGCCUCCACCAUCACCUCCGCCUCUCGCUACAAGCCUCCCAAUAUGUCCGACAGCUCUUGUUGGAGCAACUCUGAGUCCUCAGAGACCUUGGUUUCUGACUCCUCAACCAUCUCCAGCAACAGCACCCCCAGACAGAAGAGGUCCCAGGACGGAGAUGGCUCAGCUAAAGAGGACAAAGUCAGUGUUCACUCCUCCAAGGCUUCAAAUUGCACCUCCAAUGGCAAUCUCAUGAAUAAGGGAGGCGAGGUGAAGAAAGAUGGGCAGUUUGCACGUAGCCUCUCUGUCAUAAAAUCUAAGAAGGCUCCUCCUCCUCCAAACCGAUCCUAUUCCCUCCACAAUAAGAUGAAGCGAAGGUCACGUGAUCUGACGGAGGUCAGGGUCACUUCAGGGGAACCUACUCUCCAUACAAUCUCCGCCUCAGGUGAUGAAAAUGAAAAAAACAAAGCUGGAUCAUCUCCUAUGCCCUCAAAACCAAUAGACAGCCCUGGAUACAGUGCUGAUACCAGCUCUCUGGAAGACUCUACAGGUUCUGUGUCAUUCAGUCCCAUCAGAUCUCAAAAUCAAAAAGAUCAGGCACAAAAGGCAGAGGAAGCUUCAAAGACUGAGGGAACUGUUUCCAAAGACGCUUCACAAGAGAAGCAGGAAUCACUGCAGGAGAAUAAGAUGAGCAAAACUGUGUCCCCAUCCAGUGGCUACUCCAGCCAAGAUGUUGCAUCGACACGGCUUUCUAAACCUACUCACAGCUCAUCUCCAAGGCACAAGAGAGGCCUCUUAGCGAAGCUUCAAAGAUUUUUCCCUGGUUCCACUCCUCCUGCCUCACCUCAGCCCCCUCCUGCACAGCCUGAGGCUCCUGAAAACAGCAAGUCUACAGUGGAUCUCAAACCUGACACCCAAGUUGACAGACUCAAUACUGCCAGUGUCAGCCCUUCUGUAAGGGCCUUGAGAGAACUUUUCAACAUACCUCCGCCACCAAAAAUUCAUGCACCUCCACCACCUCCUCCAGAGGUAUGGUCUCACAGCAUGCAUAGCAUUGAGUUGCUACUGGGACCCCCGGCACCUGGUAAGACUUACGCCAUCAUAAAGAAGAAUCCAAAGGACAGGAGACAGCAGAGGAGCUCUCCUUCUGCAUCCCCAGGUGGCACUGCAAAGAGCUUAAUGGUAGAAAGAAAACACAAGACAACAGCAGAGGCUGUUAAUGGAUCACUACAUGUGCUGGAGUUAAAGAAAGUUCAAGAAAGUGGUAUUUUGAAUGCAGACAUUCACAAAGAGAAAAACGACAGACUGGCUGAGCAGCAUGUUGAUGUGACGGGAAAUAGAAAAGUGAUAGAAAAAGAUGGGAAUGUAAGAGUAAGUGACAUAUUAAGCGGGAUGUUGGUGAAAGCCGCAGAGAGACGCGAAGGAAGGUUGGCAACAGUGAGGGAAGAAGAAGCCAAAAAGACGACCACACAAACUACAGCGGUGGACACAGUACCAGCCAUUUCAUUACUACACAUUCCACCUCCAUCUUCCCUGGUGCACAAUCCUCUCCAACCCAAGUUGGCUGUUGUAUCACCUGAGUCAUCCUGGCCCCCACCACCCCCACCAAUGGGCCUUGAUGGACAUGAUGAGAUUGAUUUCCCUCUUCCACCUCCACCUAUGUUUGGUGAGGAGGGGUUAGGUAUACCUGUUGAGGGGCUCCCAGAGAGGUCCACUCCUGGUGGUCACUCUACGUCCGUUUUAUCAGUGGUGAAAACAGAAUGUGUUAAAGUGAUUAAGGAGGCUGAACCACAGAAGCCCAGUACAUCCCCAGGGGUCGUACAACAACCCCUGAAUAUCCCACCUCCUCCACCUUAUUCAGCUCCCCCUCCACCACUUGAAGCAGUCUUGUCCACUAACAUUACAAGGGUCUCUCCUCCACCACCUCUUCCACCACCUAAGGAAUUUGCUCUGCCACCACCUAUAGAAGUUCCUCAACGGCCACCAAAAGAAGUCUCUCCAGCACCACCUCCACUGCCACCACCCACAGAAGUCUCUCCACCACCACCACCCACAGAAGUCUCUCUUACACAACCUAAAGAUGUCUCUCCAACACCACUUAAAGAAGUCUCUCCACUACCACCACCUAAAGAGGUUUCUCCCCUACCACCACCUACGAAAGUCUCUCCUCUGCCACCUAAAGAAGUCUUUCCACUACCACCUAUAGAAUUUUCCCUCCCAUCGCCACCCAAAGACAUCCCUCCCUCACCACCUAAAGAGGUUUCUCCCCCACCACCACCUAAAGAAGACUCUCCUCCUCCGACUAUAAAGGUUUCUCCUCAGAGGCCCAGUGAUCCCUCUCCUCUUCAGAUUCCAGAAGCCCCCCCUCCACUUGUUAAAGACUUCUCCUCCACCCAGGUUACUAUGGUAUCCCCUUCACCAGUUGAAGAGGUCUUGACUUUGUCAACUGUAGAGGUUUCUUCUCCAUCUUCCCAAGAGAAUGCUCAUCAAUCAUCUGAAGAGGAAACACCUGUUAGCAAGCUUGCUCCACCACAGAGUAUUCCAUCUCCACCACCUCUGCAAUCACAACCCCAGUCAUCAGAGCAGGAUGUUGCUCUUCCAGAGGAGAAUGUCCCAUCUCACAGUAUUCUCACUCCCCCUAAAAGUAUUCCACCACCACCUCCCGGACAGCCGGAAAUUACACCCCCGACCACUGAUGGUCCGUCGACUCAGGAGGCCUCCCAUUCACCACCACCUGAAGUCUCAAACCCUCCAGCUACAGAAAACUCUCUUACAACAGAACCAUCUAAAGAACCUCUUCCUUCUCCACCUGUAAACACUCCACCUUUACCUGUGGAGGGUCUUGCAAGCAUAUCAGAGCAACAGUCUCAUCCUGCAAGCACAGAAAACCAAACCCCAGAGCAGACCUCUGCCCCUGUUGCACAGGAGGAACCCGUUCCUAUUGUCACUCCGUUGCCCGUUAACAGCAGCCCUGAGCCUCCUAAAGCUCAGGAGCAACCACAGGCUGAGGUCACGAUGAGGAAUGAGCAGCCCAGCAAUCAGGUCCCAACCUCAUCGGCCAGUAGUGAGGCUCCUCAGAAGCCCAUCAGAAGGUCUCUAAUCAUCACCUCUUCCCCACCCACUUCCCCACCUGCCAUAAUCAUUUCACAACCAGCUUUUCCAAAGUCCCAGUCUCUUGUAGUUCCACCUGUGUCUCCAUCCACAGUCCUCUCUCCUACUAAAAAGUCCGCUCCGGCCAUGACCGCCUCUCGUUCCAUGAACCUACAGGAGGCCAUCCGCCUGAGGACAGCCGCCAGAUCACAAGCCAGCCCUGGAUCUCGCCUAAGCUUGCAGUCACCCACAUCUCCGAUAGACCCCCAUAAGUCCCCCACCAGCACAGCAAGCUUUAUCUUCUCCAAGAGCAACAAGAAGAUGGUGAUUGAGGCAAAGCCAGCUCCGGAGGCCAACACAACCAUACAGAAGAACCUGGAGGUUUCCUCUGUUACAAAGGAAGUGGGUGAAGCAGAGAAGGGAGUCAAGGUGCCACCGCCUGUUGCAAAAAAACCCAAAACGAAAGGAAAAGAGAUUGAGACCGGCGAAGUGACGGAGCAAACUGCAGGACAGGACGCACUGCAAGAGAGUAUCAUGGAUGAUGCAGAGAAGACAAAUGGGACAGCAGGUACUGUUGAAGGAGGAGAGACACCAUCAGCAUGAUUGUAAAGACUGAAGGAGACCGGAGAAGGACUAAUUUCACUGAAUAUUCUGCAAGUUGGACCUGUGUGACAAGAAAUUGGACUUGUUGGAUGAAAUGACAUGAGAUGUUAUUUCAGAGCUCUGGAUUUUAAAGAAAAUCCUUUCAGUUUGAUGUUUAUGGUGUGGGUCUUAAUUUUACCAAGUACUCAUGUUGUAUUUUACUAAUAGUAAAUACACUAUAUUUUAUUUUGUCAGAGGGUCUUCUGAGCUUUAGAUUUGCUAGAGAUGGGAGUAUACCGCCCUCUAGUGUCAAACGAUGAUUGUACCACUUAUGUCCUGCUGAAUCAGAGCUUUAGUCAGUACUCACCAAUGGGACUUUUGGGCGCUCAUCUGUAAAUAUAGCAAAAUGUUGUACAUUUAACAGUAAUGAUGAAGCUCUGCUACAGAUAUCUCUUUCUCUUCCACAUUUUUUCAAAUAGUUUCCACACCAAUUAUAUUUGUUAAAAAAAAAAACAUUAAGUUAUUUUUUCCUAUUGUCAUGUUAAGAGUAGGGUCACUAGAGACAGAAUGUCUUCUUUGCUAUGCUGUGCUGAACCUUUACUUCCAGUUUGGUCAUGUAGCUCUUAAUCAUAUCAAAAUGUGGUCUCACAAAUCCUACGUGUCAUUUGUUCUGAUCCAAAGCUAUAUAUGUGCAUGACCAUUGAUGCCACAGAAACAACGAGCAGACAGAAAGAAAGAAACAGUGGAAUCAUUAUUUUCGAGCACAUUUUCUGCUGCUUUUAGUUACUGAUAAUGGAGACAUUACGGUUAUGGCUCAAACGGUGGGAUGUUUCUGUGUUAAACUUUAAUAUAUUUCAAAAGUGGUUUCAGAGACUGUAAUAAAUGAUUAUCCAUAACUAAAAGAAUAAAGAUUUAUUGACAGAUCAA